AUGUUUAUUUAUAUGAGCAAAAAGAUCGCUAUACCAAAACAAUCGAAUGUAACAUGUUUAUCAUGGAACCACUCAUCUGGUUAUAUUGCUGUUGGUGGAGAAGAUGGAAUGCUAAAAGUUUUGAAGUUGGAAUCAGGUGGAGGUGGCAAUCUUUCCAUGAAUCUUAGUUUGGAGGGCCACACUGGACAACUUUGUGUUACUAUAUGGAAUGAAGUAUUCCAAAAAUUAACAACAAGUGAUGAACAUGGUGUUAUAAUAGUAUGGAUGCUCUAUAAGGGAUCGUGGUAUGAAGAAAUGAUAAACAACAGAAAUAAGUCUACAGUGACUGGGAUGGCAUGGGGAUCAGACGGACAGAAAAUCUGCAUAGCAUAUGAAGAUGGUGCUGUAAUAGUUGGUUCAGUUGAUGGCUCCAGGGUCUGGGGCAAAGAUAUUAAAGGACCAGGUCUAUCAGCUGUACAAUGGUCACCUGACAAUUCUCUUUUACUCUUUGCAUUGUCUAAUGGGGAGUUACAUUUAUAUGAUGACCAGGGUAACUUUACAAUGCCAGUUUCCAUUAAUGGUGUGUCAGGGUCAAUGGAAGUAGUAUCAAUGGAUUGGUACUCUGGAAGUGCACCAGUUAAUAGGCCUAUUCUUGCAAUAUGUUACAGAAACGGCAUAAUAAUAUUAAUGAAGAAUUGUAUAGAAGAAGAUAGUGUUGUAGUAGAAACUAAUAUGACUUCAAUAGACUGUCAUUGGAAUCAUAAUGGUACUAUAUUAGCUGCAGCUGGUUGCACUAAUGACCAAGUAAAUGUUGUCCAGUUCUUCAGUGCUUAUGGAGAGCACAUACGCACAUUGCGAGUACCCGGUGGCUCACUCAGAGCAUUAUCUUGGGAGAAGAGAUCACUGCGUUUAGCUAUCGCUAUAGAUUCAUUCAUUUAUUUUGCAAAUGUUAAACCAGAUCAUAAAUAUGCGUUUUAUGGAAAUACUUUAUCAUUUGUUUCUGGUACUGAAACUGUGACUUUCUGGGAUACUGUUACUCAUCAGUCAUGGAUUAACCACAUACCCGACGUGAUUGAUAUGUGUGGAAUCGAUGAGUACUGCGUUAUAGCCACAGCGAGUACAAUCAUAAUAUCAAAUCAACAAGGUAUACAAUGCGAUGCAAAAACAUCAUCUAUACCUGUUCUCUAUGUAGGAAUUAAUAGUAAAGCUGUAGUUGUUGCGGCUUCUAAAGAAUCUUUCAUUGUAUGGAAAUUUUCUACACCGUCCAGGCCAAAAAGUACUGAACAUAUGUACCAGGCAGACGGAUCACCUAUGACUUCUAAUAGUGGUUUCCAAGACGAUACAAUAUGUUGCAUCACGUGUUCUGACAGCCAUUUACUGCUUGGGCGAGAUUCUGGAAUUAUUCUACUCUUCUCACUAAUUAAUUUGAAGAAAAUAACAUCAAUAAAUAUGAAUUCCAAACCAUACAAAUUGGGAUUAAACUCAAAUUCCAGUAAAUUCUUUGUGAUUGACCAACCCGGGUCAUUGUACCUUUUAGAUACUGAAAUGGCUAACAAUAUAAGUGUAGGUCAAGCUCUACGUAAGGACGUUUGGAGUGCGUUAUGGGCAUCCGAUAACCCACAGAUGUUGGCGGUGGCCGAAAAGGCGAGGCUCUAUGUAUUCAGAGAUAAUGAGCCUGAGGAGCCGCUUACUAUGCAAGGUUACUUGUGCAAGUUCAAAGAAUUAGAGAUAACAACGGCUCUUUUAGAUAAUAUAACGGAUAAGUGUACCCCUCAGCAUAUUGUGCGCGUUGAAGUGAAAUCGCUGCGUGAUACGCGACAGCUGAUAGAAAAAGUUGGUCUGAAGGAGGCUGAAAAUUUCAUCAAAGAUAAUCCGCAUCCCCAACUAUGGUUACUGCUGGCAGAAGCAGCAUUAAAAAAUUUCGAAUCCGAGAAUGCAUUAGAGACAGCAGAAGCGGCCUUUGUUCGGAGAAACGAUUACGCUGGCAUCAGAUUCGUGUCGCGUCUCAACGCGUUACAUUCGAAUGCGCUCAAAAAAGCAGAGAUAUUGGCUUACUUCAAAGAUUUUGAUGCAGCUGAAAAAAUAUACCACAAUGAGGAUAGACGAGAUCUCGCUAUUAUGCUGCGCAAGCGCUUGGGUCACUGGUUCAGAGUUGUAGAGUUACUUAAAAUGUCUGCCAGCUCGACAGAUGCGCAAGUGAAACAGAUUUACAGCAACAUUGGUGACUACUAUAUCGAUCGCCAAAAUUGGACGGGAGCGUUAGAGUAUUAUACAAUGUCAAAUAAUACUGAAGGUUUAAAGAAAUGUUACAUGGCAUUGGAGGAUAAUGAAUCCUUGUCUAAACUUUUCACAGGAGCUCAAAAACCGUCUAAGGAUGGAUCUGUUAAACAGAGUAUAUUAGACGAAAUAACCGACACGUUCAAUCAAACACCGUCUGUUCAAGGAAUAAUGCAACUCAGGGAGUCUGGUAGAAUGCUACAAGCAGCGGCAAUGGCCUUUCAGUUGGCAAAUAUCGAGGCUUCAAAGAAAUUGUCUCCUUUACAUAUCAAAAAAUUGUAUAUACUCGCAGGACAUCUGUACACUCAAAAUUCUGUCGAAGGUGCGAAAAGUCGCGAAGCGGUCCGCAGUUAUCGGUUGGGUGCGGCGCAGCACUGGUUGUGUGUGGCGUGUGUGAGGGCGCGCGCUCACCCGCCGCGCCCUGACGCCGCCCUGCGAGCCGCCGCGAGACUACGCGCCGCGUUACCGGACCUGCAUCCAGCGCAACGUGUACAGGUGUGGUGUACGAUUGCGUCAAUAGCUAUUCAAGCAAGAGCUUUCGAUUUAUGUUCUCAAGCUUUUAUCAAAUUGGAGGCUCUGGAUGCGGAUCGUUUUGAAGCCCUUGCAAUAGAAUGUUUUACAAGAUACAAACCUAAAGAUUUUAAGGGCAAUAAAAUAGACUGUCCAAGUUGCCACGUGGGUAUGCCAGAAUGGAUGGAAGCAUGCCCCGGUUGCGCGACUCAAUUUCCUGGAUGUGCGGUGUCGAGUCGCGCUCUCAUCACACCGCACACUGUAUGGACGUGCGUAACGUGCGGCGCGCGAGCUCAACAACAUGAAAUGGUGUUGAGGCACUCCUGCCCUAUGUGUCACGUACAGUUGGAUUAA